AUGAGCAGCAGAUAUAAAACUAAGAAGAAUUCAUCUUGUAAAUAGCUACUUAGGUCGAUCGAUAUUUAUGCUAAGCCAGUUUAGUUGACUUAUAAAGGUAGUGAAAAAUUUAGAAGUACUUUUGGAGGGAUAAUCUCCCUAGCUGUUGUUAUUUUUUUCUUCUCUGUAUUUGUUUACAAGCUUAACGAUAUGUUCAAUAAAAGCUAGACUUAGAUUAAGAAAAACACCUUAGUGAGUAUUUCAAACGAAUAUACACCUCCUGAAGUUCUAUCUGACAAAAAUAUCACAUUUGCUUUCAUGCUAUCUGAUUUUUAUGGGUCAGGUGCAUUUGAUAAUCCUUACUAUGGAGAUUUAUUCCUAAAUUAAAAUAUUAUAAACAUUAAGGUAAAUGAAACCACAGGGGAAUCUUACAGAGAGUUUAUUGAUUACAGCAUUCCUUUUUCUAAGUGCAAAAUAGGGAAGAACUUCUUUUACCCAGAUCCAGAGGAAAUAAAGAAUUAUCAAAUUGAAUCAUUUUAUUGCCCUGAUUGGUUUAACCUCACUAUUUAAGGUAAUUGGUACUCGCCUGAAUAUAAGUUAGUAACUUUAGGUUUUAGAAGAUGCUCAGGUAAAAAUUGUGCAACUGAAGAAGAAUUUUAAAGUUGGGUUGGGAAAAUAACAAUGUAGGAGAUUAUUAUUAGCUCUUAUUUUGAUGUCUCUGACUAUGAGAAUCCUGUGCAUUACUUUUUGGAUGAUCUAUAUCUGCCUUUUUAGUAUAAUAGAAGUGUAGUAUCUAAUAAUUACAUUCGUAGAAAUAAACUUGAGUUGCAUGAUAAUUUAUUUGGCAUAUUCAAUGAUUAAGUAGAUCUAACAUUUUAUUAAAAGAGUGAAAGAAUAUAUUUUACCUCUGAUGUAAACGAAGGACCAGGAGAAGGCAUAAUGUUUUUCUAAAAUUUUUACUUGGAUAAAAAUUAUGAUAUAUAUGAGAGAAGAGUUUAUUCUUUUUCAGGAGUACUUUAAGAUGUCGGAGGAAUUUACAAUUCUUUAUUUUUUGCUGGAUUGUUUAUUUAUGGUAGAUUUCAGGGGUCAAUAUACUUCUCAUCUAUUAUAAGCAAACUAUAUUAAGUAGAAGAAUUUAAAAAAGGGACAAAAAAAUAAAAGAAACUUAAAAAUGGGAAAUUAGAUUAAAACUCAGAGCAUGAAAAUGAAGAUGAUGAUGAUGACGAUGAGAAUUUGAAAAAAUAGCUAAGUAGAUCGUCACAUUUAUCUUUCAAGACUGGUGUUUUUAGUAGAAGAGGUAGCUAUCUAAGUGGAUUCAGUUAGCUUCAUGAGAUGUCGAUGGGAAUAAAAGAGGUAUUUCUACAAAGUAUAUAAUCUAGAAAUUUCUCCAAAGAUGCUUAUGAGAAUAUCAAAGAUUAUCUGAAAAAUAGAUGGAGAAUAAAAAUUAGUUUUUAAGAUAUACUUGUAUUCUCAUUUUGGCGUCUACUUGGAUUUUUCCGGUGCUGCAGGCGAAACAAAUAAGAUUCUUUAAACUAAAGAAAAAUUCACCUAUAUAAAAAGGGAGAAGAGAAAAUUAAGAGAGAACUAGACUGUGUUAAUUUGAUGACAAAAUUGAGGUAACUUGAUCUGCUACUAUCUCUUUAACUGGAUAAAAAUUAGAAAUUUCUACUGAAUCUAUAAAAAAAGCAUUUGAUUUAAGAGGUUGAUACUUCGACAGACGAAGAUAAAAACAAUAUCGUUGUAGUCAGUAAAUUCGAUAGUAAUACAUAAAAUGAUAAAACACAAUCAAAAUUCAUGAAAUCUUUGAAUCUUUAACUUAAUAGCAUACAAUCUAAGUCUGAAUUAACUGAAAUCGACAAGAAGAUACUAAUUGGUCUGGUAACUAAGAACCCUCACAGAUAUAUCAAUAAUCCUGCUAUAAAGGAAUCCCUAAAAUUAUACGACAAGAAAUCUACAAGGAAAAAUAUCAAUCUUUCAAGCAGCUCAUCAGGCAACUUUUUUGUCCCUUAGAAAAUAAUAGAAGCUAAAACAUCUCCCUCUAGAAGAUAUCUACUAAAAAAUGUUCAAAAUUUAGAUACUAAUAUCGAUGAUUAAUUUGAAAAGCAACAGUAAAAAUAUGCUAUUGAAAAUUCCUAGAUUAAUUAACUCAAAGAUGUUAUAUAAAGUAUUAAAAGCAAAUAGAUUACACAAUCACCUUAAAGUGAGUAAAAAAAGCAUGUAGGAGCAAGAAAAAAAGUUUACAAAUAGCGUAUCAAAACAUUUAACAUAGCUAAACUUCCUUUUAGUGGAAAUAGAGACUUAAAUUUAUUAUAAUGA